AUGGAAGACGAUACUGAUACCUUUGAAACUUCACAAGAAAAUAAUGUAAAAUCACAAAAACUUUCUGUUUCACUUCCACAAGAUCCUUCAAAUAGCGCUAAAUCUAUCUCUGAACGUUCUAGUCCAUUAUCUGAAAUUCGGUUAAAUGCUUCAUUUCCUGACGUAACUCAGUUGAAAUUGAAUAAAUCAUCGGAGGAUGAGGAAGAAUACAUGAUUGAAUUAAAAUUGAACGAAGGCAAUAAUAUGCGUUGCUACACUUAUGAUGAAGAGGUACCGGAUUUGCCCAGUGACUUGGUAAUUAAUGAGGAAAGUACUUCAGGAUCCAAAAAUUGUGGUCUGUCAAGUGAUCAAGCAUUAGAAAAGUUGAUCAAUGUAACAAAUGACAUUCUUGCUGAACACAAUUCACCAUUGCAAACGAACAAGCUUCUUUGCGAAUUCUUGAUCCGUUCAGACACUAUUCUUGCUUUAUCAUCGGUCGUUAUUUUAGUUGCUUUUUAUUUAUAUGGCUCCAUAAUGAGUAAUCCCUAUCAAUUUCGCUUAAAUGCGAUUUUGUUUGAGUCAUUUGUAAUCCUUGCGUUUUUGGUGUUCAAUGGAUUUCUAUAUGUUAGAGAAAAAAAGCUAAUCUCUUUGGAAAUUAAUGAGCGUGCAAAAAAUAUUAUUAAUCAAUUAAAACAAAGUGGAUUAAAUACUAUUCAGGAUAUUAAAAUACCUUUUGUUCCAUCAAUAACAGUUGCCAAAGUUGUACGUGAUGGCUUUGUACGAAGUUUCCCCACAACUUUAUUGGUAGAAGGUGACGUUGUAGAAAUGUUAUAUGGUGAUAUUGCUCCAUGUAAAAUGCAAUUAAUUUCUAAUAACAUUCCAAAAGAGUUUUCUACAAAACAUUUGGAACUAUCUCAAGUUUUUAAACCUUCAUUUUUUAAUGGAAUGUCUUCAAAAGAUUUAUGGGAGCAACACAUUAAAAAUAAAGGAAGAUAUCAAUUUGUCCUUUUAGAAACUCCUUGGGAAAAUUGCUUAAGAGCUGUAUUUGAGCAAAAGCGACCUGCAACAAUCAUUGUAAAACAAGCUGAAGUUUUAGCGCGUGUCUUCCUUUAUCGACUUAUAUUCAUAAUACUUGGUUUGGCUUUCGCGAUUAAUCUUAUAAGAUAUAUAUUAACUGAAGUGAUAAGAGGGUAUCAUUAUGAUCAGGCUUUUGAAAUGUUGUUAGUGUUGCCGAUAUAUUCGAUAAUUCCGAUAAUACCAUUAGCAUUUCCAAUAUUAUGGAUUAUUACACAUGCUGUAUGGAAUAAAUUUAAACAUUUAUUCACAGCACGAGAUGGUGAAUUACUUUAUCGUUCAACAAAUUUGUUUGAAUCGCUUGGAAGCGCUACGGUUAUUUGUUCACUUGACCGUGAAGGUACUAUUUCAUCGCCUUUUGCAUCGGUUGAUCAAAUUUUGUUUCCAAACGAAGAAGAAGAUAUAACAGUUCUUGACAUAGCGGAAGAUCCAAGUACUUCCUUUCGUGUUAAAUUUGAGGACCAAGACUGGGACCAACAUUUAUCUCGUCUUAAGCCUCUUGGUCUGAAUCUUUUGUUAAAUACAAAUUGUGGUGUGUUACAAGGACGAAAACGUGCCGAACAGCAUAGAAAAAAUUCUAGCUUUCAGAUUCAUGCCAAGAUAAAUCCUGCAAGGCAAUCAUGUUUGUGUCGUCUUGGUAAAGAAAUUGGAUUCACCGAUGACGCUCUUCAAUCUUUUAUAAAAAGAAAGGAACUAUUUGCAACUGCGCCAUGUCAUCCGUCGUUAAAAGAGCGUAUGGCAAAGGACCAAUGGGAAGUUCCUAGCAUGCUUUCUUCGAUUUACGAAGAACUUAAUUCAGGAAGUUGUCAAUUAUUAUCUGAUGGAAAUUUGGAUAUUAUACUUGAUAACUGCUCCGAUUACUGGAAUGGCCAAAGUCUGCAACCUAUGAGCGAAGUGGUUGAAAAUAAGAUUUAUGAUUUUUAUCAAAAUGCUAUAAUUAAUGACAUGCAAUGUAUUGCAUAUGCAUAUCGUCCAAUAAAUGUUGUAAAUGGAAAUAAAAUUCCAUUUUUAAACUCGACAUCACCUGAUUCAAAUGAUACUUAUAUUGUAUUGCCAAGUCCACCAGAGGCUGAAAUUAUACUUGAUAAUGAAGAUAAUGAAGAUGAAGAUCUUACCAGAUCUCAAUUGAUUAGAUUAUAUCGCCUGAAACAUGGCUUAUUGGAAGCAAAUCUUCAUGAUUUUUCUUUUGACCAAGAAAAUCUAACAUCUCAAGAUAAAGACUUAUUUUAUCAAGAUGUUAUUCAGGGUCAGAUUUUCUUGGCAAUGGCAACACUUUAUCAUCAACCUAAGCCAGAUGUAUGUAACUUUAUCGAAGAUCUCAGAUUAGCUGGUAUUCGGUUUGUUUAUUUCUCUCCCAAUGGAGAAAGAGAAAGCAAAGCAUAUGCAGAGAGGCUUGGUCUUGAGACUGAUUGGAAUACUUGCAUUUUGCUUUCUUCACCUGGUGAUGAAAACUCCCUUGGAGGCGGUUAUCUAGAAUCUCAUGACAUAAAAGCUCGUCUUCCACGUGGGAUCGUAAAUAUAAGGGAACAUUUAACGGAGACAGACGACAUUCCAUUGCAAGUAUCCUUAUUUUCAGAGUGCACACCUGAAACAACACAAGAGAUGAUUAAAAUAUUUCAAGAGUACGGAGAGGUUGUGUGUUGUGUUGGAAGCGCAUUGAACGCUUUUAAUACACAUAACUUUGCCGUGGCAGAUGUAGGUGUUGCUAUUGAGCCUAUGUACACACGUGCACAAUCCAGGAAUGGGCUAUGUCAUUUAGGCACCAAAGGGCAGUCUCCUAUGGCUCUUGGUGCUGCUCUCACGACUUUGCCAUGUGGACUAUUUAUGUAUUAUGAUACGAGUUUGUAUGCUCUCACCGAUAUAAUACGUGAAUCUAGGCGGUUAAUUAAUGGUCUGAGAAUGGGAGUGUCAUUUUUGUGUGGCACAUAUCUUUCUAUCUCACUCUUAUUUCUGUUUUCUUACUGUCUUAUCCUACCGCCUAUAUUUACCGGAUAUCAAAUAUUAUGGGUUGCAUGCAUUAUUUCACCUAUGCUAGCAUUGUCAUUUCUCUUUAGUCCUCAUGUCGCAGAUACUAUGACAACAAUGACAG